AUGCCGAAAUUCGACGUUCAUUUACCGGAAAUAUCGUGGGGUGAACUACCGAAAUUCGACAGACCGGAUCUUAAAGCAGUUGAACUACAAAUCGAUCCGAAGACAGGACGUUUGCUAGACGGUCAGGUGGAUCUUCACACCGGAAAAAUCAACGUUCCCAAAUUUGACUUGAAAACCGGAAAACUUCUUAAUCCCGUAGAUAAGAAAUUAGGAAAAACAAUACACGCGGCCAUUGACCCGGGUACCAUGACUUUACAUCCGGGACAAUUCGACGUCGACACCGGUAAAAUAGUCGGUAAAAUUGAUCCCAAAUCAUUAGACCUCAUUGAAAUCGACUACGAUCCUAAAACCGGAAACUUCAUCGGAAAGAAAGUUCGGGGAUUCUUCGGUAAAUUAGGAAAGGGAUUCGACGUUGAAAUGCCCAAAUUCGACAUUACGUUACCGGAUAUCAGUUUCGGUGAUCUACCAAAAUUCGACAGACCAGACAUGAAGGCCAUUGAGUUACAAAUCGAUCCUAAGAGCGCAUGCUUACUGGAGGGUCAAGUUGAUUUACCGACUGGUAAAAUCAACGCUCCCAAAUUCGACUUGAAAUCCGGUAAACUAUUACAUCCGGUUGACAAGAAGUUAGGUAAAAGCAUUGAUGCCGUUAUCGAUCCAGGUACUUUAACACUACAUCCAGGACAGUUCGACGUGAAAACCGGAAAACUCGUCGGUAAAAUCGAUCCUAAGACACUUGAGUUGAUUGACGUUGAUUUCGAUCCGAAAUCCGGAAAACUCUCGGGAAAGAAAGGAAAAGGUUUCUUUAGGAAGUUUGGGGAUGUAUUGUUUUCUAAGAGUGGGGAGUACAAACUGGAUAGUCCUGUUGAUGUUUCUGAUAGUGGUGAUUUUAGAGGUGAAUUUAAACGCCGGGGUUCGGAUAACGUUACGAAUAAAUUUUUAGAAAUGGAAAGGGCUCAAUCUCACGUUGAAUUUUCUCCGGUAGUUUUAUCGGAUAGUGACUUUUCAAAUUUCAAGUUUGUAGAUUUGUUAGUAGAUUCUAAUACUGGUGUUGUUUUGGAUAAUCUUUUGUCUCCGAAUUACAAUGUUCUUAGUCCGUCGUUCGAAGCCACAAAGUCUAAAUAUUUGUCUUCAGCCAAUGAGAAUAGUCCUUUGGUCGUUGUUAGAUGUUUAUAUGACGUUAACAACAUGACUUUGUAUCCCGGGCAAAUAAGUAGUAAAUCUGGAUCGAUAAUUGGAUAUUUUGAUCCUGAAAAUAAAAAAGUCAAAAAUGCUAAGUACGAUCCGAAAACUCGUAGUUUGAUUUUAAGUUCAUCUGGGGAUUCAAUUCAGCUUUUUAAUCCACUUAGUAAGAGAGAUUCUGAAAAAGAUAAUUUUGAUAAAAAGGGAUUGGAUCAUGGUACAAUUUCUUUUGAUAAACGCAAUGAAUUUCAACCUGUUGAAUUGCAAGUGGACUGUAAAACUGGUAAAAUUUUAGAUGGACAAAUGGACUUAAGAAAUGGUAAAAUCAAUGUUAAUAAAUAUAAUAUUGAUAGUGGAAAAUUGCGAAGUCCUGUAAAUCGUAAAGAUGUUAAAACUAUAUUGGUUUAUAUUGAUCCGUCUAAUUUGUCUCUAAUUCCGGGUCAGGUCAAUGAAAAUAAUGGAGUUUUAACAGGUGCAUUGGAUCCGAAAACUAUGAAACUUGUUGAAUAUAAAUUUGAUCCUAAAAAAGAAACUUUCAUAAUUGGAAAACCAAAAGAUUUUCCAUUGAAAAUAACUAGUAAAGGUAGUAAAGAUAUUGAAAUGCCAGAGAAAGUUGAAGUUAGUUUCGAGGAACUACCGGACAUUCUAUCUAUAGACAUGCAGAGCAUUGAACUGCAAAUAGAUCCAGAAAGUGGAAAAUUAUUAGAAGAUCAAGUAGAUAUAAAAACUGGAAAAUUAAAUCCUUCAAAAUUUGAUAUAUUAACUGGAAAAUUAAAAAAUCCUUUAGAUGAAAAAAUUGCAAAAACUGUAAUAGCUGUUUUUGAUCCGAGGACCAUGACAUUAAAACCUGGUCAAUUUAGUGAAAAGGACGGAUCAAUUAUAGGAAAAGUAGAUCCAAAAACGUCAAAACUAAUAGAAUUGAAAUACGAUCAAAAAUCGGGAAGUUUUGUUCCCGGUGUAACAAAAAGACUUUCGAGUUUAACAGAAAGUAAAGAUUUUGAAAGCAAAGAUACCGAUGUACCUCACAGUCCCGUUCCUUAUCCUCGCAGUUCACGAGAAAGAGACAGUCCGAAACCUAAAUCAUUACCUACCGAAAAACAACCUAAAAAACCGAAACACAAAAGUUUUGAGAUUCAAUGGGAUUUAACUAAUAAUAAAUUGGUUGGAGAUACUCUAGAUUUGAAAAAAGAAAAAAUUAAAGAUAAUUUUUACGAUAUGAAAACAGGAAAAUUAAAAAAUCCAGUUAAAGGAGAGUCUUUUGAUAUAUAUCACGUGGCUGUGGAUCCUAAUACUCUUAUAUUAGCACCCGGUCAAAUCGAGCCAUUAACUGGUAAAUUGAAUAAAGUAUUCAAUCCUGAUACAAACGAAUUUUUCGAUAUAAAAACAAAACCGCAAACUAAACCUUCUUCGCCAAUAAAGAGUUCGCCUGUCCAAGAAACUACAAAAAAACCUUCUCCAUUAGAAUUUAAACAACAUCCAACAACAACAGGUGAUUCGUCUAAAGAUAAAAAAGUCAUUUUCCAAAAUUUGCCCGAUUUAAAAUCGAACGAUAUGAAAGCAAUUGAAAUACAAAUAGAUCCGAAAACCGGUAAAGUACUCAAAGAUCAAGUUAAUUUUAAAUCAGGAGAAAUCGACGUUAAUAAAAUUAAUCCGAAAACGGGAAAACUAAAAAGUCCAGUCGAUGAAAAACGUGGUAAAAUUAUAUUUUUAAUUAUCGAUCCAAAAACGAACAAAUUAAAACCUGGUCAAAUCGAUGAAAUCGAUGGAGCUGUGAAAAGCGCACUAGAUCCCAAAACUAAAAAACUCAUCGACGUUGAUUAUGAUAAAAAGACGGAAACAUUUAGUUUUGCCAAACCUAAAGUUUACAGUAAAGAAACAUUACCUUUAAUUCACGGCCAAGAAUUUCCAGAAAUCAUGGAUGAAAACAUAAAACUUAUCGAGUUACAAAUUGAUCCUGAAACUGGAAAAUUAUUAGAAGGACAAGUCAAUUUAAAAACCGGUAAAAUUCAAACUUCAAAAUUUGAUGUUGACACGGGAAAAUUAAAAGCUCCAGUUGAUAAUAAAUUUGGUAGAACAAUUUAUGCAGUUAUCGAUUCGAGAGGAAUGACGCUGAAACCUGGUCAAUUUGAUCAACGAGAUGGAACAUUAAUCGGUACCUUGGAUCCGAAAACUAAAAAACUUAUUAAAGUAAAAUAUGAUCCGAGAAGUGGAGGGUUUAUGCCUGGUAAAAUAGAAGAAUAUUUGGAAAAAUUCAGCGUUGAACCUGACGAACCUGAUACGGAUGGUGAAAAAGUUUUUGAUACUAGUUUUGAAAAUCUUAAAUAUUUAGAUGAUAAGGACGCGAAAGGAAUUCAACUUCAAAUAGAUCCUGAAACGGGUAAAAUAUUAGACGGUCAAGUGGAUUUAAAAACAGGAAAAAUUGAUGUGUCAAAAUUUGAUAUAAAAACAGGAAAAUUGAAAGAUCCAGUUGAUUCGAAAUUCGGUUCCAUCAUCUAUGCAGUUAUGGAUCCUCGAUCUAAAACAUUAUUACCCGGACAAUUUGACGAACGAGAUGGUUGUCUUAUUGGUUAUUUUGAUCCGAAAAAUCGUAAGGUUACAAAAGUCAAAUACGAACCCAGAAGUAAAAUUUUCGGUACGGGAAAACCCAUACAAUUUUUAGAAGAUUUAGUUUCUCCUUCUGCGUUAAAAGAAUCCAAACAAUUUGUUCAACAUAGUUCUUUCGAAUUUCCUCCUUCGGAAUUUAAAUUCAAAGACGGCGUCAAGAGUGUAAAAUCAGAUGAUAAGAAAGGAGAAUCAGUUUUACCAAAGUCGGGAGAUAAAGAUGAUGUAACUCCCGAUGUAAGUCCAGUUUCUAAAAAAGAAAAAUUAAAAACUCCCGACUUGGUAUCAAGUACAAUUAAAACGGAUACGAAAACAGAUAAACAACCUCGUGAUAAAAAAGAUGAAAUUGAUAAAAAGCAGACGGAAAGUAAGGAGAAAAUACCUUCUCAAGAACAGAAAUUUUCUCCGGUUUUAGAAAAAUUAGUAAAACCCACACAUCAUUCAACUGGUUUUAAAUUAGAAUUUAAAGAAACGCCGGAAAAGAAAAGUUCUCCUAAAAAAGAAGAUUUAAAAGAUAUAAUUUUAUUUGAUGAACUACCCGAUUUAAAAUCAAACGAUAUGAAAGCAAUAGAAAUACAAAUAGAUCCAAAAACCGGUAAAGUACUCAAAGAUCAAGUUAAUUUUAAAUCGGGAGAAAUCGACGUUAAUAAAAUUAAUCCAAAAACGGGAAAACUAAAAAGUCCAGUCGAUGAAAAACGUGGUAUAAUUAUAUUUUUAAUUAUCGAUCCAAAAACGAACAAAUUAAAACCUGGUCAAAUAGACGAGAUCGAUGGAGCCCUGAAAAGCGCUCUAGAUCCCAAAACUAAAAAACUUAUAGAUGUCGAUUAUGAUCCAACGACAGAAAGUAUAGUGAGUAAAAAUAUCAUCAAGUUUGAGCCAUUAAUUAAAACAAUGAUUCGCAGAGAAAGUGAUGAUGGAAAAGUUAAAAAAGUAUCAAAAACUUUAUUUGAUGUUAAACCGGAAAAUACGAUGGCUGUAGAAUUAAACGUUGAUCCUGAUACAGGUCGUAUCGUAGAUGGACAAUUGGAUUUAAAUACCGGUAAAAUAAUUCCAUCGCUUUACGAUUUGAAAACGGGUAAUUUAAAGAAACCCAUUGGUAAAAAACAUUAUAAAAAAGUUUAUGUUAUCAUCAAUAUAGAAAAUAAUUCGAUAAUUCCUGGACAAGUUGAUUUAAAUGAAAGGACAGUCGUUGGAAAAUUUGAUCCGGAAACUUAUAAUCUGACUGAAAUUAAAUACGAUCCAAUUUCUAAAUCUUUCGAACCCGUAGAUCAAACUUCUGGAACCGUUUUCUUACAUUCAUCUAAACGUGGUCGUCGUGAUCAUGAUGAUGAUGAUGAUAAUUCUCAAUCACCUAAAAAAUCAACUGAAAAAUUAAAAAUAUCAUUCGAAAAAAUUCCUGAUAUUGAUACUACAGAUGUUAAAAUAAUAGAAUUACAAAUCGAUCCUAAAACUGGUUGCGUGUUAAACAAACACGUCAACGUGUCAACAGGAAAAAUAAAUGAAAAUUUGCACGAUUGGGACACGGGUAAACUUUUAAGUUCAGCAAAAAAAGAUGAUGGAAUCAUCGUUCACGCUCUUGUAGAUCCUUCCAGUUUGAUAAUCAUACCCGGACAAUUCGAUGAGAAAACGGGAAAAGUCAUUGGAAGAAUAAAUCCGAAAACGUUUAAAAUUCACGAUCUCGAAUACAAUGUUAACGAUAAAUGUUUUUACCAAGGUCCAAUUGUCGGGUAUAUAGAAAUUGAAUCUCAAACGACGCCAGUGAAAAAGAAUCGUAUCGAAAUGGAAAAAGAAUUAUCUAAAUUUAGAAAAUUAUUUUCCGACUAUGAUGACAUAAAAGUAUUAGAAGUCCAAAUAGAUCCUCAAACGGGUUUAAUAUUAGAUAAUCAAAUUGAUCUUAAAACUGAUAAAAUUAUUGAACCUAAUUUUGAUUUGUCCUCUGGAAAACUCAAACGUCCGAUUAAAGAAAAACAACCAACAUUUAUUCCCAUUCUUUACAAUCCGAAAAAUAACAAAUUACUACCUGGUCAAAUAGACAAAGAUAAUGGAAGUCUUGUCGGAAUCUAUGAUCCUAAAUCCCUCCAGUCGAUACCUGUAAAAUUCGAUACUCGAAUGAAUAAUUUUUACUACAUAUUAGAAAAAACGGAACCCGAACUUUCAUCCAAACAACCGGAGAAAAUAAGAAAAACGAUCGUCAAUUUAAGUGAAUUUCCAAAUUUGGACACAAACGAUUUGAAAGUAAUUGAAAUUCAAAUAGAUCCCAAAACGGGUCAUCUCGUGCCGGAUCAAGUGAAAUUACCUUCUGGUAAACUAAACGAAAGUAAAUUCGAUAUGUCAAAUGGUAAAUUAAAAGAACCCAUCAAAAAUGGCGUGACAAUUUACGUCAUGAUCGAUCCGAGCAAUAAUAAGCUUAUUCCCGGUCAAUUUGAUGAAAAAACUGGAAAAAUCAUCGGUAGAAUAAAUCCGAAAACGUUUAAAAUUCACGAUUUAGAUUAUGAUCCGAAAACUGGUAAUUUUUACGAAGGACCAAUAAUUGGAUACAUAGAAGUUGUUACAAAAUCCGCUCCGCAAAAGAAAUUCGAAGCUGAUGAUGAAAUCAAUCAAGACGAUUUGCUUUCGUGUAAAUUAGUUGCAGAUCCAAAGGAAGGAGAAUUGACCGUGUGCGAAUUACAAAUCGAUCCUAAAACGGGAAUUUUAUUAGAAGGACAAGUCGAUUUGUCAUCGGAUCGAUUAAAUGAUGAUAAAAUUGAUUUGAAAACCGGUAAACUUAAAUCACCCGUCGACGAGAAAAAUGGAAAAAUUAUUUAUUUUAUUAUUUAUUCGAAAUCAAAAACUUUGGUGCCCGGUCAAGUGGAUUCAAAAGAUGGACGAGUUAAAGCUUUGUUUGACGUGAAUAAAUCUAAAUUAGUGCACGUGGAUUACGAUCCGAACACUCGCCGGUUUUACUUGAGCAACUUGGAAAAAAAAUUACAUCCGACCGAUGAAAAAUCCAAACGGAAAAUAGAAAAAACUAAAAUUGUCUACGAGGAAGUACCCGAAUUGGAAACGGAAGACGUUAAAGCAAUCGAAGUUCAAAUUGACCCUGAAACGGGAUGCCUUUUAAAUGGUCAAAUUGAUUUGAAUACGGGAAAAGUAGUAGAAUCCAAAUACGAUUGGCCAUCUGGAAAACUUAAAAAACCGAUUGAUAAAAAUGGCAUAACAAUUUAUGCCAUUAUUGAUCCGAAUAAUAAAAAAUUAAUACCCGGACAAUUCGAUGAGAAAACUGGCAAAGUCACCGGAAGAAUAAAUCCAAAAACAUUUAAAAUACACGAAUUAGAAUACGAUCCGAAAACAAAAGAAUUUUACGAAGGGAGAAUCAUAGGUUACAUAGAAGUCAUCACGCAAAUAGUCCCGGCAAAAGAAACGGAAAUAAGUGAAAUGAUAACGUUCGAAAUGCCUCCUUCUGUUGAAUCCGGUGGCGUGAAAUUUAUAGAAUUGCAACUCGACCCUAAAACAGGUCGUUUACUAGAAGGUCAAAUAGAUUUAAAAACAAGCGAAAUUCACGAUUCGAAAUUCGAUAUGAAAUCUGGAAAAUUGAAAGAAACAUUAUUUGAUGCGAAAAAAAUAUACGCCGCCGUAGAUCCGGUAACAAUGAAAAUAAUUCCAGGACAAUUUGAUGAUAACGAUGGAACUGUCAUCGCUUUGAUGGAUCCGAAAACGCAAAAUUUAAUUCCGGUCUUUUUCGAUUCGAAAACUAAAAAUUUCUUUAUAAAAAAAUCUACUCGGGGCGAUGAGAAAAGCGUUAAACAACCCGUCAAAUCAUUAAUAUCUUUUGACGAUAUUCCAGUAUUAGAUACGGAAGACGUGAAAGCGAUUGAAGUUCAAAUAAAUCCGGAAACCGGAUGUCUUUUAGACGGGCAAAUUGAUUUUAAAACUGGAAAAAUAUUCGAUUCUAAAUUUGAUUUACCAUCUGGAAAAUUGAAACAACCCGUUGAUAAAAAAAGAGGACUCAUCGUUCACGUUAUAAUCGAUCCGAGUACGAAAACUUUGAUUCCCGGUCAAUUUGAUAAAAAGACGAAAAAACUAACCGGAAGAAUUAAUCCGAAAACGUUUAAAAUCCACGAAUUAGAAUACGAUCCGAAAAAUAAAUGUUUUUACGAAGGUCGUAUAAUUGGUUACAUUGAAGUUGUCACGCAAACCAUACCUGGAAAAACCACCGAAGUUGAAUUGGUAGAAUUCAAAUACGAAUUACUUCCGAUCGAAUCGAAAGAAAAUUUUCAAUUAGUUCAACUUCAAAUAGAUCCUUCGACAGGUGUUGUAUUAAACGAUUUGGUCGAUUUGAAAACCGGAAAAAUAAAUUCUUCUAAAUUUGAUGCUAAAACCGGUAAGCUUAAAACUCCCGAAAAGGAAAAAUCAGGAAAAAUCAUUUAUGCAUUGAUCGACGAUCAAAAGAAUUUAAUCCCCGGACAAAUUGAUAAAAACAAUGGGAAACUCGUGGGAUGCGUUCAUCCGCAAACUUUGACCUUAUUCACAAUAUAUUACGAUACUAAAACGCACAGCUUUUGGGUACCGAAAUCCGAAGCAUGGAAAACCAGAAGCGACUCGACGAGCCCACAAAAAGUUAUUUUCGAUCCGUCAGAUUUUUCCGACGACAAUCAUUUAUCCGUUGAGCUUUUGAUAGAUCCUAAAACGGGUUGUUUGCUCGACGAUCAAAUAAAUUUAAAAACUGGAAAAAUAAAUGAUAAAAAAUUUAACGUUCAAACUGGAAAAUUAAAAGAACCCGUGGACAAGAAAAAUUACCUCGUCGUUUACGCAGUCAUGAAUAAAAAAUCUAACAAACUUUUGCCGGGACAAGUGGAUGAAAAAACGGGAAAACUCAUUGGGAAAAUCGAUCCGAAAACAUUCAGAUUGAUCGAAGUUGAUUAUGACGAGAAAACAAAAUGUUUUUUCGGUCCAAAACCUAAAAGGCACGGUCAACGUAAAACUUUGAAAUCGGAAAAUGUUGAAGUCGACAUGUUCGGUUCGCCCAAUUUACAAAGCAAAGAUUUAAUGGCUGUUGAAAUAGAAAUCGAUCCGAAAACAGGGAUUAUUAUGCCGGGACAAAUCGAUUCAGUUUCUGGAGAAAUAAAAGAUUCUAAAAUUGAUUUAAAAAGUGGGAAAUUAAAAAAUCCUAAGGGUAAAAUUGUUUACUUGCUAAUUGAUUCGUACAAUAAAAAAAUAAUUCCCGGACAGUUGGACCAAAAUCGGGAAAAACUAACGGGGAAAAUCGAUCCCGAAACAUUUGACAUAAUAAAAAUAAAUUACGAUACGACUGUGGAAAAAUUUUUCGGAGGGGACGUAAUUGGGAAAAUUCAAAUAACGACGAGCACGUACAGCACGACGGAAGAUACCGAAAUCGUAAGACAAACAACAACCAAAACCGAAAGCAAACACUUUAAAAGUUCCAAAUACGAUUUUGUCUCUUCAUUUAUUGAACACGAAGCGAGUUCGAUCGCGGGUCGAAAAGUAUCGAAAAAGAAAAAAGAAAAGAAAACGGGAAAAGUAACAAGAGGAACGGAUAAAGAAGAACACUGGAGUUCAUCGGAGUCCGAUUCAGGUUCUUCUAAUUACGAAGAUUGUCAAACGGUUCAAGAAAAAAUAAGCAUUUUAGAAAAAUCAUCGAAAUCGUCAAAAACCGAUGGGAAAACGAAAAUUCCCAAAUUAGCCGGUAGAAAAUCGUCUUCGUUUAAAAAGAGAAAAAGUUCUUCCGGUUCGAGUUCCGAAUCGAGUUCCGAUGCGACCGAACAUACUGAAAGUAAAAGUGAAAGUAGUAGUAGAGAGUCAGGAGAGAUAAAGAAACGUACGUCAAAAAAAAUUUCUAAAAAACCCGAAGGAGAUGAUAAAACCGAAGAGGGUAAAACAAAAAUACCCAAAUUAACAGGUUCGUCGAAGUUGUCUUCAUACUUCGGCACAGGAAAAAAACAAGAAGGAAAGACACAACAACAACAACAAGGUGUUGAUGAUGAUGAUGAUGAUGAUAAAAGAAUUGAAGAAAAUUCCAACAAAUCGGUUACUGGACCAAAAAUAGUCAAAACUACGACAAAACAGCUAAUGGUCAAAGAUAAGGAAGGAGUGACGGAAAAUAUAGAAGAGAAAAUUGAAAAUUUAACAUCUGGAGAAGUUCAAGUCUCGACGCAAAUAAACAAGGCGGAAAAUUCAAAUGACGAAAGCAAAAGUCCUUAUAUAACAGCAACAGCUGUCACAACUCGCACUGCUACAAUGCACGAAAACAAAGGAACCAAAGCAAAAACGAGUCAGGUAGAAGAAAAAACGGUCGCUCAUUCGACAACUACGAGUGCAACGAGACAAGAAAAAAGAACCGUCACACAAGAAAUGAAAUCAACCACGACUCUACUUCCAGAGGCUCAGCAACAAUAUUCCAAUGAAGAUUCCGCAAGUUCUGACACCGACGAUUCCGGUACGAACAUUGAUGAUUACGAAAUCGGUGGCGAUUUGUUCGUUAAUCCAAAUAUUAAAAAUAAAUUUUCCGCGACGUCACCGCAAGGGAUCGUACAAACGGAAAAGUUGGUUUAUGGUUCUUCUAAAAUACCGACGGACAAACAUUUUACGAAAAAAUUACCGAUAAUUGAAACGGAAGUGAGAAAAGUCGCCGUGGAAAGCGGUGACGGUUCUUAUUCAUCGACUGGAGAAAUUGUUUCCUCGCAGACAAUUUCCAGCAAGACGCGAACCGUUGAAACAAUAACGUAUAAAACGGAAAAAGAUGGAGUAGUGGAAACUCGUGUCGAACAAAAAAUAACAAUUCAAUCGGAUGGAGAUCCAAUAGAUCACGAUCGUGCUUUAGCAGAAGCCAUACAAGAAGCCACAGCAAUGAAUCCGGACAUGACAGUUGAAAAAAUUGAAAUUCAACAGCAGACUGGACAGUAA